ACCACCGGUAAUCUUGUACUUGUGCUCAAUAUAGCCAUGUUGGUGCCUGAGAAAACAGUUCCUCCAAGCAUCAAAGGUGGUGAUUUGUCUGGAGAAUUUGAGCUUGUCCAAGUUCACUUCCAUUGGGGAACUGAGUCCAUCAGGGGAUCUGAGCACUUCAUCAACGGUGAAGCGUUCCCAUUGGAAAUGCAUCUGGUCCACUACAACGCCAAGUUCCCCAGCAUUUCGAAAGCCCUCGAGACGAAUGACCAUGAUGCCCUGGCCGUGCUCGGGUUCUUGUUUGAGAUCUCGCCAGAGGACAACGGCCGACUGGACUCACUCAUUGCAAGGCUGGACCAACUGCGGGCCAGCAACGGAACCGUGGUGUUCCCCAAGAAAUCCCUGUUCCGGAUGGCGGACUUGAUCGACCUGGACGACGACGAGGGGGUCAACGAGGAGUUCAACAUCAAGUAUGCCGACUUUUAUCGCUACGAAGGCUCGCUGACGACGCCGACAUGCAACGAACAAGUCGAAUGGACCGUUUUCCCCACCACCAUCCCGAUUUCGGAGCGACAAAUGGGGAUAUUCAGGAAGCUACUUGACCAUAAGGGAUACACGCUCAACGACAAUUACCGUCCAGUUUUCCCACUCGGAGGUCGCUUGCUACGCAAAUACUCCGCCAACGCAUCAAACGACGAGUCCUCACGGGAGUCGAAUCCGAAUCGUCUCAACACGGUGCUCGCUGAUUUCGUCAGUCAUGAUCACGAACACGACCACGACAUCUUUCAUCCGAAAGAUCAUUACGCCAGGCCAGACAUUAAAGAGAUCCUGGACGAGGAAGUCGAAGAUGCGGAAGAGACCAACUUGGACUCGGCUUCGGUGCUUCGCGAAAGACUGCAGGAUUGUCAACGGAUGCGAAUGGCGCUUCUGAAGAACUCAGCAUCCUACGACUUCAACGUGAUCACCAUGCUGUUCCCCAUAUUUUUCGUAGUGUUCGGGAGAUUAUUCCCCAUUGUGUAGAUUGUGUUCGAUCAAAAUUCCUCCAGGGCAUCUUCCUCGUGAUUUCAUCACAAAGCGACGGAUAGAACAAUACGAAACUCGGUGCUCUUCUCAGUGAAUACGUAAAUGAAAUACAUGGCGCUUUUGUGGUAAGAAAAAGAAAAGA